CUGAAUGUGUUUGCCUGGUAUUGGAGGAGGCUGUGUCUGCACCGCCCCGUCAGUGCGUGUUGUGGGGAUCGUCAAGCUCAUGCUGCGCCCGGAGUGGUCCUCUCUCAAACCCACGCAUAGUGAAUGUACACACAUACAUUGGGACACUGAAACGAGGCAGGCCUGGAAGAUCGGGGCGUUUCAAUUAGCGCUCCUCUGACGGAUCCCUGGCGUGGACAUUUUUAAUUUUUCAUCACAGCCUGGUUGGAUUUUCCUCAUGUGGCUUUUUUUGCGCAUAGCGCCCGGACGCUGCUGAGGUGUGUUGAAGCGAUUGAGCCAUUUCGGAAAUGAAGAUUAAGGCUCGGUGAAUGGGAAACACCACAGCAGAGACACCGCUACCUUUCCUCCAUCCUGACAAACAGACUCACCCUUCCAUUGGCGAGAUUUGCGCUCCCGAGACCGGAGCCGGUAUCGGCGCUCUGCGGGGCCGGGCGCGCGUCGUCUGGGAGGUGUAGGGAGGAUGGAGGCGUUUUUUGCAGAGGGGGCCCGUGUGUGGGUCAGAGAAAAGGAGCAGCUGGUCCCUGCCACAGUCAACUCCUGUGGAGAUGGAACUCUUGUUGUCACAACCGACUAUGGAGAGGUGUUGUACUUGCAGCAGGCCGAGGUUACCAGGGAGCGGGUGUAUGCUAUGCACCAGUCCAGCAUCGAUGGGGUGGAGGACAUGUCAGCGCUGGCUGAGCUGCACGAGGCUGCCAUCAUGCACAACCUGUACCAGCGCUACCAGAAGGAUAACAUCUAUACUAAUAUUGGCAGCAUCUUGGCAGCUGUGAACCCCUACAAGCAGAUCACAGGCCUGUAUGACCCAGAGAGGGUGGACCUUUACUCCAAGCACCAUCUGGGGGAGCUCCCUCCACACAUCUUUGCCGUGGCGAAUGAGUGCUACCGUUGCAUCUGGAAGCGGCAUGACAGUCAGUGUGUCCUCAUCAGUGGCGAAUCAGGGGCAGGGAAGACGGAGAGCACUAAACUAUUGCUUCAGUUCCUGUCAGUGAUGAGCCAGAACUCAUCCGGGACUCCUCCUUCAGAGAAAAGUACACGAGUUGAGCAAGCCAUCGUACAGAGCAGUCCAAUUAUGGAAGCAUUUGGUAACGCUAAGACUGUUUACAACAACAACUCCAGUCGGUUUGGGAAAUUCAUCCAACUUCACUUCUCUGAGGGCGGCAACAUCCAGGGAGGCUGCGUCAUUGACUAUUUACUCGAGAAGAACCGAGUGGUACGACAAAACCCUGGAGAACGAAACUACCACAUCUUUUACGCGUUGCUGGCGGGAGCUAACAAGGAGCAUAAAAGCCUCUACUUCCUGGAAGACCCUCCAGAAUCUUUCCACUACCUCAGCCAAUCAGGAUGUCUGAAAGACAAGAGCCUGAAUGACAAAGAACUGUUUAACAGUGUUAUGGAGGCGCUGAAGGUGUUAGAGUUCACAGAAGAUGAGAUCAGAGACAUGUUUAAGCUCUUGUCAGGAGUCUUACAGCUGGGAAACAUUGAGUUCAUGACUGCCGGAGGAGCACAGAUCACCACCAAGCAAGUGGUCAGUGAUGCCAGUGAGCUGCUGGGCCUGGAUGCCUUUCAGCUGUCUGAAGUCCUGACUCAACGCUCAAUAAUCCUCAGAGGAGAGGAAAUCUGCUCCCCACUCACUAUAGAGCAGGCCGUGGAUUCCCGAGACUCUGUUGCCAUGGCGUUAUAUUCUCAGUGUUUCUCCUGGAUCAUCCUCAAGAUCAAUCAGAAGAUCAAAGGGAAGGAAAACUUUAAAUCCAUCGGCAUCCUUGACAUAUUUGGCUUUGAAAACUUUGAGGUGAACCGAUUCGAGCAGUUCAACAUCAACUACGCCAACGAGAAACUUCAGGAGUACUUCAACAAGCACAUCUUCUCCCUGGAGCAGCUGGAGUACAACAGGGAAGGAGUCCAGUGGGACGCCAUAGACUGGAUGGACAAUGCAGAGUGUCUUGACCUUAUCGAGAAGAAACUGGGCUUAUUGGCUCUAGUGAAUGAAGAGAGUCGAUUCCCCAAAGGAACUGACUUCACUCUGCUGGAGAAGUUGCACAGCAGACACUCUACAAACCCUUACUAUGUCAAACCCAGACUUGCUGACCAUCAGUUUGGCAUCAAACAUUAUGCCGGCGAGGUCCUGUAUGAUGUUAGAGGGAUCCUGGAGAAGAACAGAGACACCUUCAGAGACGACAUCCUAAACAUGCUCAAGGACAGCAGACUGGACUUCAUCUAUGACUUGUUUGAGAAGGUCGGCAGCAGGAACAAUGAGGAGAAGAUGGGAACAGCCAGACGCAAACCUACCGUGAGCUCCCAGUUCAGGGACUCCCUUCACGCUCUCAUGGCCACUCUGAGUGUGUCCAACCCUUUCUUCAUUCGCUGCAUUAAGCCCAACAUGGAAAAGAAUCCAAAUGUGUUUGACCCAGAGGUCGUCCUGAACCAGCUGAGGUACUCUGGGAUGUUGGAGACGGUGAAGAUCCGUCGAGCUGGGUUCCCUGUCCGCAGGACUUUUAAAGAUUUCUUCUCUCGGUAUAAGAUUAUUCUGAAAGAGAAAGUACCAGCUGCAGGAGCAGAUGAUAAGAAAAGAAGCACUGAUCUUCUAACCAAAUAUGAUAAGACCAAGAAAGAAUGGCAGCUUGGCAAGACCAAGGUGUUUAUGAAAGAGUCUCUGGAGCACCGCUUAGAGAAAGACAGGGAUGAAGUCCGACGCCAAGCUGCCAUGAUAAUUCGAGCCCACCUACUCACUUUCUCUGCCAAGAAGCACUUCAAGCGUGUACGUGCCAGUGUUGUCACCCUCCAGAAACACCUGAGAAGGCACCUCCAACGCAGACGGUUCGUGAAGCAGCGUAAGGCAGUGCUGGUGCUGCAGCGACACAGACGAGGCCAAGUGGCACGCACUCAAGUCCGUAAACUCAAAGAGGAGAAGAAGAAAAAGGAGGAAGAGCAGAAGAAGAAAGAGGAGGAGGAGAACGGGGCGUUGGGCAAAGAGGAGCAGGAGGAAGUGAAUGAAGGAGAUGAGAAGAAGGAUGAGGCCCGGCAGAUGGAGGAGAUCCUGCAGUUGGAGAGAGAGAUUGAACGCCUGCAGAAGAAGAGAGAGGAUGAGGUGUCCCAGCUGUGCGAGUCCUCCAAACAGGAGCUGCAGCUGCGCCGGGACGCUGAGCUCAAACGCAUGAAGAAGGAGGCGUCCCGCAAAGCCACAGAGCUCAUUGACCUUCUGAACUUCGGAGGCGUGGAUCCUUCGCAGGGAGCAGUCGCAAUCGCAGUUGCAGCUAAACCUGCUGCAGACGUGAAAGCCCCGAAAGCUGCGAGUGCCACCAGGAGUGCGUCCAAAGAAGACGAGGUAGACGAGGGGUUUCAUGCUGAGGAGGAGUGCAUCCCUCUCCCUGACUUCCCUCCUCCUGCUGAGACAGACGCUCCUUUGGACCAGGACAUAUUUGCUCACCUCCCCCCUCCCCCACCAGCUUUUGCAGAGGGGACGGUGCCUCCUGCACCACCCCCUCCACCUCCUCUGCCCACAGAUGGUGUGUCUGUUGGAAUUCCUCCCCCUCCUCCUCUCCCUCCACCUGGAGAUGUCUCCACUGCCCCUCCACCUCCACCUCCUCCACCACCUCCCCCUCACCCAGGAGAGGGGGAGAAGAAAGAGGAAGCUAAAGUGGAGCCAGAGAGGAAGGUUAGCAUGGUUGAGAGCCUGGUGGAUAGCGAGGAGCCAAUCUACAGCAUGCCCGCUGACACCGAGUCGGAUUACGACCAGGAGGAAGAGGAGGGGUCGGUCACCGCUGGAGACGACAGCUCCGUGUCGGGGAGCAACCGCGGCAGUGCCGCCGUGACGGACGAAGAACACCCGAGGAAGUCCACCUGCACCAAUGCCAGCAUCGAAUCCUACAGAGGCAGCUCUGACUCUUAUGCAGACAGUGACGAUGAGCAUGAUGGCAUGAUGGACACCGAUGAAGAAGUUACUAAUGGCAGGGUGACCUUGUUUAAUGGCAAUGGACCGCCAUAUUUCCACGGCUACCUCUACAUGAAGGCUGGUCUGAUGAUCCCAUGGAGAAGGCGUUGGUGUGUGUUGAAGGAUGAGACCUUCAUGUGGUUCCGGUCCAAACAAGAAUCUCUCAAGUCUGGCUGGCUCUACAAGAAGGGAGGAGGGCUGUCCACUCUGUCACGGAGGUUGAACUGGAAGAUGCGCUGGUUUGUACUGAGGGACAGCAAGCUGAUGUACUACGACAACGACAGCGAGGAGAAGCUGAAGGGAACCAUCGACAUCCGAGCUGCCAAGGAGAUCGUGGAUAAUCAUGAAAAGGAGAAUGCACUGAACAUUGUGACAGAUGAGAGGACCUAUCAGGUGUUUGCUGAGUCACCAGAAGAUGCAAGUGGGUGGUUUAAUGUGCUCAGUAAGGUGCGUGUGUGCACUCCUGAGCAGCUGCUGGAGAUGUCCCAUGAACAGGCCAACCCGAAGAACGCCGUGGGAACGCUUGACGUAGGGCUGAUCGAUUCCGUUUGUGCUUCAGACAACCCUGAUCGGCCCAAUUCCUUUGUCAUCAUUACGGCCAACCGUGUGAUCCACUGCAACAGCGACACACCGGAGGAGAUGCAUCACUGGAUCAGUCUGUUGCAGAAGCCCAAAGGAGACGCCAGGAUCGACGGCCAGGAGUUCCUGGUCAGAGGCUGGCUCCAAAAGGAGAUGAAGACGAAUGCCAAGAGCACCUCCCUGAAGCUGAAGAAGCGCUGGUUUGUUUUGACCCACAACUCCCUGGAUUACUACAAGAGCUCAGAACGAAACUCCUCCAAGAUGGGAACUCUGGUCCUUAACUCCCUCUGCUCCAUCAUUCAGCCGGAUGAACGAGUGCACAAAGAGACAGGUUACUGGAACAUCAUCGUAUAUGGGAGGAAACACUCCUACCGCCUCUAUACCAAGAUGCUGAACGAGGCCAUGAGGUGGACAGCCGCCAUACAGGGAGUCAUAGACAGCAAGACUCCCAUAGAAACUCCAACUCUGCAGCUCAUCAGAGACAUCAAGGAGAACAGUGUGAACCCAGACAUCGUGGAGCAAAUGUACAGAAGGAACCCCAUCCUCAGAUACACUCAGCAUCCCCUGCACUCCCCUCUACUGCCGCUCCCUUAUGGAGAGGUCACCAGCCUACAAAGGCAACAGGGCUAUGCCAGUCUGCAGGAUGAGGCGGUGCGAGUUUUCAACUCACUGCAAGAGAUGGAGACUCUGGCAGACACGGUGCCCAUCAUCCAGGGCAUCCUGCAGACCUGCCAGGACCUGCGCCCUCUCAGGGAUGAGGUAUACUGUCAGGUGAUAAAGCAGACCAAUCAUGUGCCUCAGCCUAACAGCCCAGCCAAUCGGGCCCACUGGCAUCUGCUCACCUGUAUGAGCUGCACCUUCCUGCCCAGCCGAGCCAUCCUCAGAUACCUCCGCUUCCACCUCAAAAGGGUAAGGGAGCGAUUUCCCGGCACAGAAAUCGAGCGCUACGCCAGUUUCAUCGGGGAAUCCCUGAAGAAGACCAAGACUCGUGAGUUUGUUCCCUCCCAAGAGGAGAUCGCCGCCCUGCUGGUGAGACAGGAAAUGAGCACCACAGUCUACUGCCAUGGAGGAGGCUCCUGCAAGAUCUCCAUUAAUUCACACACCACAGCUGGAGAGGUUGUGGAGAAAUUGAUCAGAGGUUUGGCCAUGGAGGAAAGCAAGAACCUGUUCUCGCUGUUCGAACACAACGCCUUCACAGACCGAGCUUUGGAGAGCAGAGUGAUUGUAGCAGACGUUUUGGCCAAGUUUGAACGACUGGCAGGCAGUGAAGAAGAGGAAGAGGAAGGAGAAUGGAAACUCUACUUCAAGCUUUACUGUUUCUUGGAUGUUGAGAGCAUGCCAAAGGAAGGAGUGGAGUUUGCUUUCAUGUUUGAGCAGGCACAUGAGUCUCUGAUAAGCGGUCACUUCCCGGCCUCAGAGGAGACUUUGCAGCACUUGGCCGCUUUACGUCUCCAGUAUCUCCAUGGCGAUGGGGCAGGUCGUGCCGGCUGGAGCCUGGGAAGUGUUUAUCCAAUCGGGCGUCUCCGCAAUCGCAUCCUCCACUCCACCAAGCCAGGUGUGGGGGCAGUAGGCGGAGCUGGAGGAGCUGGAGGAGGAGGACCAGGAGACGGGAAGGGCACUGCAGGAGGACAGGGAGGUGUCCCGGUCGGAACAGAGAAACGAAAGACACCAAGCUUCCUGGAUGGCACCCUGAGGAGAAGCUUCAAAACUGGUUCACUGAAGAAGCAGAAGGUGGAGGAGGAGCAGAUGCUGGAGAUGUGGGUGAAGGAGGAGACGUCCGCCACACGGACCAGCGUUCUGGAGAAGUGGACCCGACUGCAGGGCAUGCCUCAGCAUCAGGCCAUGCUUAAGUAUAUGAGCAUUAUCAAGGAGUGGCCCGGAUACGGCUCGACGCUGUUUGACGUGGAGUGUAAAGAGGGCGGUUUUCCUCAUGAUCUGUGGCUGGGUGUGAGCGCUGACAACGUGUCAGUGUAUAAACGAGGUGAACCUAAGCCGCUGGAGACCUUCCAGUACGAACACAUAACCUUCUUUGGGGCUUCGCAGCUCUGCACCUACAAGAUCAUCGUGGAUGAAAGGGAGAUGUUCUUCGAGACGCCACUGGUCGGGGAGAUCACCAAGAUCAUGAGGGCUUACAUUAACAUGAUGGUGAAGAAACGCUGCAGCAUCAUGUCAGUGACCAGCGUCGCCAGUUCCUGGGUCAGGUGAUUGCCACCAACCAGUUAGAGCCCUCGGUUCAUCCAGUGGCAAGAGAUGCCUCAGCCCCCCUUGCAUCGGUUGGUCGGUUUUGAUGGAGGCAGUCACACCAAACAGCUAAUCCUCAAGGUUUAAUCAAAGGGUGGCGGAUGAGCGUCUGUGAUUUUAACGGAGAAAAAGCAAGACAGAAGUGGACACAGAAGGCAAACGCACACUCUACUGGCCUGGGUUUCACUUGGGAUAAGGCAUCUCUUUAGAUAAGAGCAUGACAAAGAAAAACAACCUGUAUUUAGGGACGGUCUUUUCAAACACAUUACCCUUCACUCUCUCCAGUUGUAGUCCUGCAUGUAGAUGUUCAAGCACACUCCAAACUUCUUUCCGCUUUCCUUUUCCGGACAAAACUCACUAAUAACAAGCACAACUCAGCCACCCGGUCCCAGUCUGUCCCGGUGGAGACAGACACCCUCCUCCCCCCAGUGCACUGCCAGAUAGAAGAAAGCCACACUUUCUCAGUUAAAUUUCUUUCUUUCUCACUCCUCCAAUUCCAGGGUCUCUCUCUUUCUCUUCACGUGUCCUCCUCCCUCCUUCUGCAUUUUUCUUUGGUAUUAAGUUAUGAUGCUGAACUCUUGUUUGCUUGCUUUUUCUCCGUUGUUCUCUCUCUCUCUCUCUCUGUUGUUUAUCUGUAACAUCAGCUGUUAUUUCAUCCGUUUGUGACUGAGAAAAAGGACUCAGUGAUGACUCUUCUUCGGGGCUGCUAAAAGGGAAAACAAGCUCCCAUGGCCGACAUCAGUGUUCACUUGCUCACUCGUCAGUGCCACCGUGUGGCCACUAGAAGAAGACGCAGCCAAAGGAAGUGGCUUUAAAUAUUUCUAAACAAUAUCAAACAGAUAUUCUUGAAAAAAAAGAGAAGAAAUUUUUUAAGGCUCUCUGGUCAUGUUUAGUUUGACGUGGAGAGUCUGUGCAUGGCCUCACUUGGCUCUACGAGGGGAACAUUAUCGAACACAAUAGUAUACGUCAAAACAUUCCCUAUCUAUGUCUACAUAUAACACAUGCUAUCUACUGUAUAUUCACAUAAACUGAACCAACAUGUAUUGUUUUGUACUGUAUAUCACACAUUAUAAGAGCUGUUAUUGAAUUUUCAAUGGCCACUGCACUGUACAGCAUAUAGAUUCCAUACUAAAUGCAAUGUGACACUUCUCGUGUAAAAUACAUGCAAGUGAAUGGUGUUAAUAAUGACCACUGUAUGUCUGAAUAUGAUGCCAAUACUGUACAUCAUUCACUGGCUGUGCCAUUAAUGUGACUCACAGAGAAAUAAUAGUUAAUAGUGAAAACCUAAUGAGACAUACCACUAUGGUGGCCAUGUUUUCACAGUGUUUUGAUGAAUUUGUCAUUAUUGCUAUCUGUGGGACUCACUCUGCAGCAUUAAUUGGAGCCAUAAAUUACUGUAUAUCCCUGUCCGCUCAUGCUAUUCUCACUUUUUUUUUCCUUUACUGAAAUCGGUGACUUGAACAAUAAUGCGUAAGAGCUCCAGUUUGCCUGUGUUUCCAGCCUGUUUAUGAACAUGUGACUUUUAUUCCUGAAACUUCUCUUAUUACUGUACCCCCCCCACAAAAUCUGCUAUCUUAACCACCCUGAAGUGCUGUGUCUGGAAUGCUGCUGUGUGUAUGUAUGAGUGUAUUUUAUGGUGUAAUCCAAAAAAGUUGGAAAAGAAAAGGGAAAUGAGGAAAGAGAAGUGAUUCUACUGAGCAUAUUCCUUGGAAACAAGACAUAUUUACAUGACUAACCUUUGCAAAGAAUGAUGUUGUGAUCGUGAGUUAAAGGGAAAAACAUGGGAUUUGAAGGGAGGGUUGAGGGUUGUGGGUUAUUUAUUUCUUGUUGAAAUGUAGGUAUUGCAAGGUGUUUUUUGGGAGGAUAAUGUGUUAAAAAUGUUAUGAUUUUUUUUUCAGUCUCGGUGUAAGAGGAUCAGAAGGGGCACUGUCAGGAUAUGGGCUCAGAGAUGGUUUAAAUGUGCACUGGGAAUGCUGGACAGUCAUCACUGCUUAGUGUGUAUGUGUGUAUGGGUGUGUGUGUGUGUGUGUCUAUGGACUGAAAGUGAAGUCACUGUUCUGUCAAUAUGACCUGAUGACACUGCAGGUAGAUGGCAGCAGCCCUCAUGUACUUCUAGAGGACGAAACUUCACAAAGUGUUUCCCUGCCUCAAACACCCAGUAGGAAUGCUAACGUCCAACUGAUUUAAUUUACCUUAAGUUUCUAAACUAGUUUCUGUGUCAAUAUUAAUUUUAAUAUUUGCCCUGAAAAAAAAUGUCAGAUACUUAAGUGAAGUCAGACUUCUUGAAGUUGAAUUGUCUGCUGUCUAUCUGGAGUGCUACAUACAGGGCCAAAGUGAGGAUUUUAGAAACACUGAGGUCAUGAGUGAAAAUGAGUCAGCGACACCAAAAAUUACAAUUUGGAUUUUAAUUUUCUUAUUUCUGCUCGUUUGUGUUUUCUGAGGAUUGUUUCAUCCCCUCCAACUCGGUCUAAAAAUACUGGAAUUGUCCUGUUAAAGUGUCCACAUGUAGGUUUUCACUUUACUGCCCAAAAGCACAUGACCUCAGUGUCUUUAAUGGUCGCUACAGCCCUGGCUGCAUACACACAACCCACUGGGAUCCUGCCUAUAGAAUUAGAAUAAGCAGAACUCACUCACAGGUUCCAGUUUGAACUUUUCUUUGUUUGUUUGUUUGUUUGUUUUUUUUUAGUUUUGGCUAAAAUGAGAGGAGAGCCUGGAGAAAGUAACCCAUAAGCCAUAAUUAACAAGGAACCCAGAGCUGCGUGUUCUAGCUAUUCUAUUUCUACGGUUCUGUCUGUCACUGAUAUUACACUGAGUAGGAAGAAGUUGCCCCAUAGUUGCUGAAAUGUGAUCGGUGUGUUUAUUAAAGACAGCAAUGACUUAAAGUUAGGUUCUGCAGUUUCUGAUCACAAGUCUGUUCCAAGGGCAACUUCGUCACAGAGGGUCCUGUUAUCAGCCGCAGGCGGCCAGAGUGGGGCCCGUUCUUAUCUUAUGCUUAUUUAUCAUCAUUAUGUAGUAAAACAAAUUGUGCUUGUUGGGAAAAAAAAGAGAAAGAGAGAGAUAUGUGUGUUGUUCUUUUUUAUUUGUAACUGGCUUUACAAAAUUAUGCUUUAAUAAAUUAUUGGAAUUAUUGUCCUCUA